UGAUUUAUUUUAUUAGCGUUGUGUGCUAGAAUGCUUGAAAAAUGACCUCAUCUCUGAUCAUAACAAAGCUGUAAUUCCACCGCUGUCAUGUUCAUAUUUCCAGAGUCUGCAUAUUUGCACAACCAAGGUUCAAUCAAGUUAUAUAUAAAUAAGACCUUUUAUUCCUUCAGUGAUCCCACAAGAGAAAGAGAUGACCAGCUACGAAUCAGAAGAAGAGAAGCUUUUUCGAAUGGUUCAUGACUUCAUAGAAUCAUCGGAAUCAUCAACUUCUUCGUCUUCUUCUUCUUCUUCUUCCUCUUCUCCUCUUCUUUCUUCCUCUUCUUCGUCAAACGAAAAUAUUUCUACUUCCUUAACUUUACAGGAGAUUCUGGCCAGUGUAUCAGAAGCUGAAAAUAGACUGUUGGAGUGUGUGUUGAAGCAUAUGAGAAACAAAAGAGAUCACAUAGAGAAAUCUUCCGGUAAGUUGAUGAAGAAAUGGUUAGUUUUGAAGCUCAAAAAGGAUGGUUUCAACGCUUCUCUUUGUCAAACUUCUUGUGUCACUUCCUUGGGCUCCCCAGCUGGUGAUUAUGAGUAUAUAGAAAUUCUGUUUCCAGAAAACAAAAGCAAAAACAAAAAUAGAAGCAACAGGCUAAUAGUGGACACAGAUUUCAAGUCACAAUUUGAGCUAGCAAGGCCAACACAAACCUACAUAGAACUCGUAGAAAAAAUCCCAUCCAUUUUUGUUGGAAAUGAAGAGAAGCUCAAUAAAAUAAUCUCCCUUCUUUGCUCAGCUGCAAAGCAAUCUCUCAGAGAGAGAGGCCUCCACAUUCCUCCAUGGAGAACCAUCUCUUACAUGCACUCAAAAUGGUUUUCUUCUGCGGGAACUAAUCAUCACAAAAUGGCCAAAAAAUCCACUGGUUUUAGCGGAGAAAAAUUACAAGAAACAAGAGGUGGCUCACAUGGAGUUGCGGGCAAAAAGAGAAGAGAUUUCAGCGGUGGAUCGUCAGGGUUGUCAAGUCAGUUUUCGAAUAUGGGCAUAAACUGUUGCUGAUUUGCAUCAGUUUUUCCUGCAGCUGGCUGCUGAGUUUUCUAAUUUUGGCAGAGAGAUUCCCCAAUUUUCCCUUUUUUUUUUUUUUAAGUAAAGUUUUAUCUAAAUAUAUCGUUGAUUAAUCUUGAAUUCAUACUCAAAAAGAAAUUAAAUAAUUUUAUUUUCUUCAAAA